AUUUUUUGGUCCGGGUCCGCUCAUGUAUUACCUUUUUUCUACUUUUUUGGGUACUAUCUGGCAUCCGACAGCUGGGCACUUUAUUUCAGAGCAUUAUGUAUUCAGGGGAGAGGGCAGACAAGAAACAUUUUCAUACUAUGGGCCCUUAAACUGGCUAACCUGGAUGGCAGGGUAUCAUGUUGAACACCACGACUUUCCUAAUAUCCCAUGGACUCGUAUUUCUAGGCUUCAUAAGAUUGCCCCUGAGUUUUAUGAUGACUUAUUUGUCACUGAGUCCUGGCCAGGUGCGCUUUAUGAUUUCUUGGUUGAUACUAAUGUGAAUCAAUGUUCUCGUGUUCUGCGUGAGAAAGGAGCUUUUCAGCGUGCAAACUUACUUCCCAAUGUGACAGAAGACGCAUCUGUGGGAUAG